AUGGUUUUGUGCGAGGAAUGCGAAGCAUUCGAUAUACAGAAGCUCGGUAGUGGCCCCUGUGGUUACCGCUACGAAGAGACAUUGCAGCGGGCGCAAAGCUGUGACUUCUGCCGGACGCUCGCCGAACAUGGGGAAGUUCGACAGCUCGCGCGUCGGCACCGUCUACCUGAGGAAGCAUGGUUUCACUUCCAACUCUUCUCGGAUUCCAACGAUGGCGAGGGUGGGGGUGAGGGCGAGGGCGGCAUCAGGGCAAAUCGACUCCACGUCACACUUGCGCCUCGAUAUUUUGUUCAGUUAUUACAGUUCGAAAGCGAUGAAACUCGUGAAUUCCUCGCGAUCGACUUCUAUCUUCAGGCUGACCCCAGGACUCCAGCUGCCGAAAACAACGAUGUCCUCUGGCGAUUUCCUCGAAAUGACCUAUUUUCUGAAGGUCACUGUACCGCCGUGAAGCGUUGGCUCCAUGAAUGCACCCAGAGUGCGGACCAUUCAAGAUGCAGUCAGACUGUUUCCGGGCAUGGAGCCGACCUAAAAGCCUGGGAAGCAGUCCUUCCGUCCAGAUGUGUGGAAGUACUGGGACCAGAUCGCGUCCGCCUUUGCCUUACGGACAACAAAAAGGGAGCAUACAUAACCCUCAGUCAUCGCUGGGAAGGUGACACUAAAGGUUGCAGCACAACCACUAAUAACUACGACGCUAGGCUGGUUGAUAUCGCUGUUUCGAAACUGACAAGGAACUUCCAAGAUGCGAUUCUUAUUGUGCAUCUGACUGGAAUCCCGUACCUUUGGAUAGACUCCAUCUGCAUUAUUCAGAAAGGGGACCGGAAAGAAGACUGGAAGCGUGGCUGUGUGAAGAUGGCCCAGUAUUACCAAAAUUACAUUUUCACCCUAACCGCAAUCAGAGGGCCCGGACAGGUUGGGGUGCUUCCUUCUAGGAACCAGAUGGGCGAUCGCAAUCUUAUCCAACUCUCCUACCGAGACCAACGAGGCAAUAAGAGGGGAUACGUGUAUCUGUUCGUCAUUGAUCAUAGUCUACGCACAUCAUACGGAAAGCUUGUACGGAGCGAUGAGCUUCUUGGACGCGGAUGGGUCUUCCAGGAGCAAAUGCUUAGCCGCCGAUUGUUAUAUUACACGGAAGCUGGCGUUAUCUUUGAGUGCCGGACAGGGAACCCUCGAAACACUUUGGGGGAUAGAUGGAUGAAGAGUGGCGUGCAAGGCGAUGACUUUGGGACCAUUUUCAGGUGGAUUAAGAGAGUACGAGAGGGUGGCGGGGAACCGAGCCGUUUGACUUCUGUUCUUGUAAAAGGGAAGUUCGACCUUGUGAAACGCUCGUUCGAUACCUGGUGCAAGCUUGUUGAGGAGUAUUCAGUCAAGGAACUUACAUACUGGUCGGACCGUAUUCCGCUCUGUCUGGUAUCACCACAGAGUAUCGGCGAUUCAUGCAGCUGUGGAACAUUCCGCCUUACCUUUCUGGGCUGUGGACAGGAGAUGUCUACUUCAGGUUACUCUGGGCGCAACAAGGAGAGCCAAAACCGAUCGCGCAAGGGCCGCAGGAGGAAACACGGACAUCACAAAAGAAGAUUGAGAGGAUUGAGCGCAUUGCGUCCUGGUCCUGGGCAUCUCUGCCGGCUGAGAUCUCGUGGAGCCAUUUAUAUCCACACCGAAAGAAGCUGGUCCCGGCUUGCAGAGUCACCAGUGUCGCCGAAAUCAACGGAGAAUAGGUGGUAG